UCCAACCUUAUUUCCUUUUUCAAUAGUUGCCCAAGCAGAAUAGAAGCACAAAACCUAUCACGUGUCUCAGAAUUCUAUCUCAUGGGACUGUCAGAGGACCCAGACCUGCAGCCCAUCCUCUUUGGACUCCUCCUGUCCAUGUACCUGGUCACAGUGCUUGGAAACCUGCUCAUCAUCCUGGCUGUCAGCUCUGACUCUCACCUCCACACCCCCAUGUACUUCUUCCUCUCCAACCUGUCCUUGGUUGACAUUGGCUUCAUCUCCACCACGGUCCCUAAGAUGCUCUUGAACAUCCAAACUCACAGCAGAGCCAUCUCCUAUGUGGGCUGCCUGACUCAGAUGUCCUUUUUUCUCAUUUUUGGAUGUAUGGAUGCUAUGCUUCUCACCGUGAUGGCCUAUGACAGGUUUGUGGCCAUCUGUAAGCCCCUGCAUUACCAUGUCAUCAUGAACCCUCGUCUGUGUGGCCUGUUAGUUUUGGUGUCUUUCUUCUUUGGCCUUUUGGAAUCCCAACUGCACGAUUUGGUUGUAUUACACUUUCCCUACUCCAAGAGUGUAGAAAUUGCUAAUUUCUUCUGUGACCCCUCUCAGGUUUUUAGUCUUUCCUGUUCUGAUCCCCUUACCAAAAAUAUAAUCAUGUGCUUGGUUGGUGCCAUCUAUGGUGUUCUUACUCUCUCAGGGAUCUUUUUCUCUUAUUAUAAAGUUUUUUCCUCCAUCCUGAGGAUCCCAUCCUCAGGUGGGAGGUACAAAGCCUUCUCCACCUGUGGCUCUCACCUGGCAGUUGUUGGCUUGUUUUAUGGGACAGGUAGUGGAGUGUACUUUUCUUCAGAAGAGUCGUCUUUCACCAGGAAGGGGGCAGUGGCCUCUGUGAUGUACACUGUGGUCACCCCCAUGCUGAACCCCUUCAUCUACAGCCUGAAUAACAGGGACAUUAGAGGUGCCCUGAGGAGGUUGUGCAGAACAGUGUGA